AUGUCUAUCCCCUUGAUUCAAGCUUACUGGGACACUGCAAAGCCUGGCUUCAAGCUCUCUCUGGUUUCUCUGCUGAUGUUGCUGGUUGUGUAUUUCUGCGCUUUGCAGUUUUCAAACUUAGAAAUACCACGGCUUUUAUUUGAAAAGCGGUGGAAACUCCCUCCUGGACCUCCAGGUCUCCCUAUUGUUGGCAAUUUGCUUCAAAUGCGAAAAGUUCGAGGUAACACAGGCCAAAUAGCCACUUAUCUGACCUCUUUGUCUCGAUUUGGGGAGAUGGCCACCCUGCGCAUGGGCAACAGCACCUGGGUAAUGCUGAACAGCAGUCGUGCGGUUCAAGAGAUCAUUGCCAAACGGGCAAAUAUAACUGGUGAACGACCCUAUCUUCCAGUUGCCAGUGGACUUGUCAGUCGUCACAAGCGAACAGUAUUACGUCAAACCAGAGAAUGGCAUGAGGGAAGACGAGUGAUGCAUCACUUACUUAGCGGAACAGCGCUCAAAGAAUAUGAGAAGGUGCAAGACUCGGAGAACAUCCAGCUGCUGGCCAACUACAUUGAACGACCCAAUCAAUGGUACCUACACCACUACCGGUACGCCUAUUCGAUUAUCUAUCGUAUCGUGGCAGGCGAGCGACCUCGGCAGACACAAGAGCAGCUAGACGAUUUUCAACGUGUUACUGUCGAGUUCAUCCGCAGCAUAAAUAAUAGCUUCGUUGACUUCUUCCCAGUACUCGCCGGAUUACCAAAAUUACUUCAACCAUGGAGGAAAUACUGGGAGGCAGCUGGGCAAGACCAUUACAAUGUCUUCAAAGCUUGGUGGGCACCUAUCAAACACGAUAUUGCCGAAGGGGCCGCGCCGCCCUCGUUUAUUAAGGAUGUGCUUUUACGCACCAGCGCGAAAUUUCCAGAGAUGACGAAGAAGCCAUCGAUAUGUUACCCUGAUUUCAUGCAGAAGGCAAGAGAGGAGAUUGACAGAAUUUGUGGAAGCAACGCCCAGCGCCUGCCUGAACUCAGAGAUACGCAGAGGUUGCCUUAUAUCUCUGCAAUGAUUAAGGAGUGUCUGCGCUGGAGGCCGACUGUACCUUUGAUUCCACAGCAUCAUCUAACGCAGGACCUCAAGUUUGAAUGUUACCACUUCCCUGCCGGCACGGACUUUGUGAUCAACUCACUGGCGAUCAGCCAGGAGUUUGUAGACGCUGCCCAGUUCAAACCAGAAAGAUGGUUCGAUGGCAAGGAAGACAGCGUCACUCAAGGCCUUUGGCAGUUUGGAGGCGGACGACGUAUUUGUGUCGGCUACAAAGUUGCUCAGCAAGAGCUUUUCCUUGCCUAUUCACGACUUGUUUACUGCUUUGACUUUAUCGCUAACGGAAAAUCUGAUAGUCGCCAAUUGCGCCAUGAUGCCUUAGAUGAGCCAUUCCCCGUCAAGAUUACGGUUCGGAGCAAGGCUCAUGAGAAUCUCAUUACUCGAUUAGCAGAACGACUAGGCAAUUAA